AGGAAGAGAUUAAGAGAACAGUCACAGAGAGUGAGUCCUGAGAGCAGAUGUGAUCCCGGAGUCCGCAGACAUGCAUUUUGUGGGCAGGUCGUGGCUGCUGCUGACAGGCUUCAUCCUCUUCUAUGUCAUCUACCUGCUGUUCGGAGCCCUGGUGUUCUCCAGCAUCGAGCGGCCGAUGGAGGACCGGAUGCGCACCGAGCUGGAAGUCCUGAAGCAGGAGUUCCUGAACCUGAGCUGCGUUAGCGACGCGGCGCUGGAACGCUUUCUGCUCAAAGUGCUGGCGGCCAACAAGUACGGCGUCUCCGUGCUCAGAAACGCCUCCACCACCUCCAACUGGGACCUGGCUUCCUCCAUGUUCUUCGCCAACACUCUGGUCACCACUGUCGGUUAUGGUCACACCACUCCUCUGUCGGACACUGGUAAAGCGUUCUCCAUCCUCUACGCCCUGAUCGGGGUCCCCUUCACCAUGCUGGUGCUCACGGCCUGCGUGCAGAGGAUCAUGUUCCCCCUGGUGCUCGCCCCCGUCGGGCUGCUGCAGCGCUCCGGCCUGGAGCCUCGGCCUGCCACCAUCGUCCACUUCCUGUUGCUGCUGAUCCUGGUGGUGAUGUGUUUCUUCGUGGCGCCGGCGGCUGUGUUCAGCACGGUGGAGCUGUCCUGGUCCUUCCUGGAUGGAAUCUACUUCUGCUUCAUCUCGCUGUGCACUAUCGGACUGGGAGAUUUUGUCCCGGGAACGCAGCCCAAUCAGCAGUACAGGUCGCUGUACCAGGUCGCUGUCAUGGUCUACCUGUUCGUGGGUCUGAUGGUGAUGUUCCUGCUGCUGCGCACCUUCCACAAGAUGGCCGACCUGCACGGCCUGACCACCUUCCUGCAGCUGCCGCGCUGCGAGGAGUCCGACCUGGAGGAGGACAGGGAGCCCAUGGUGGAGGUCGGACACAAAGACCUGACUGAGAAGGAGGCCACGAAGCCUCUGGAGCCGGGCUCCCAGCCCUCCUACAACACCAUGAACACCGGAUAGGCUAAGGCAGGGGAGAAAAGAAAACUACCUCUGGCACGCAGACUGUCGGCUGAAUCUGAAAUAUGACUUUGUUAAAAACAACCCAAAAGGAGAGCAUAUUGAUGAGGAAUUGAGAUGAGUUUUAAGAUUCAGCCUUUGUGAGAGCAAGCCACAUUCUUUGAGUGGUAACUACAGCGCUCUCUGGAAGUAUGAAAGGACUCUCCUGACUACGUUACCCUGCCUGGGAUCAAAUAUGUGGUAACAAUUGUUCCUUUUCCUCCUCCACACCGCUGUAACUGUGGUGCGUUCACUGUAAGGGUUUGGCUGCUGCGUUCACAGCCUCAGGAACACACAUUCACUUUUUGACUAAUGGUUUAUUGUUUUCAGAUCCCUUUGCAUGCAUUUCUGUCACGUUGUUUUAUGUGUCACAGGUUUGCUGACAGUGCUUUAACACCUUUGCCUUCAUUUGUUUUGAUUUCAUUGUCUUGCUCCUACCCUUUUUAUAUUUCAUGUAUGCACAUCAUCACCUCCAGCAGUCCAGUUGUGCAGAAACAGGAUUGUCCUUACUCACUUUUGCACCACUUGAACGCAUCUUCCAAUGUGGUCCUAAGCUGAGCAUUUAAAAAUGCUGAGGAUGUGUUGGACCAGACUUCCUGUGUGGAAGAAGUCAGGCUCAGCCUUGGUACAGAACCCUCAGACAGCACUGUCCCCCUUUAUGGUGCUGCCCCCUGCUGUUUACAGGUAUGAAGCACAACAUGUUAGGAGGAGUCAUACAAAAGGGCUAAAGGGUUGGAAAAGAGGGAUUGAGGAAAAUAAAGAAAAGACUAACCUUUGUUUCAUUGUGGUGAUGCAGGAAGUAAUUAAUUUCAAUGGAAAACCAAAAACAACAUGUUCUGUGUGAUUUAGAGAUCAUGAACACUUGAAAUGCACUUUAAUGUUCAUGUCGGUUAUUGUUCUCUUACCAUCGAGGUUGUUGAGUAAUGAGAAGGCUAAAUAUAUCCUGAUACUGUAAAAUAAGUCGUCUGUUUUUGUUGUUGUAUAUUGAUGUUAAGUCGUAUAGUAGAUUAGUUAUAUAGUAGUUUAACAUAUAUUCACUGUUGAUGUAAAUUAAAAAUACUUUUUGCCUGUAUUAGGUUUUCAUGUUUUGUUCCGUUUUUCUCAUAGUUUUCAUUCAAAAAUGUUAU